GCGGAAAAGGAAGAACGCCUCCGCCUUGAACAGUUCCAGUUAAGGCUUGUCAGCAUAGUACUUCAUUCAUCUUUAGCGACAGGAUAAGGAUACUGUUUAACUUGUCUCAGUCAGAAUGAUGAGGGAAUCCUUCUUGAAUAUCUCAGAAGAUUCUUGUUUCUACUAUGGUGCUAUUGCUUCUGGGGUAGAAGAGAACAUUUUUGCUGAGAAUACAAAUACAAAAACUCUGCUGGCUCCUGUAGUACAAUGAAUGGAUGAAUCAAUGAGAGUCCUCUAAUCCAGUUGGCAGCGUUGAUCUUGGUGAAAGAGCGACUUCAGCGGCAGUUCAUGCGCGAGCUUGGUUUGGAAUCGGAUCAGAUUUUCUUAACGAUGCUCGGCUACAGUGCUCUCUUCAUACUGAUAUUCCUCUUCUUUUAUGGCGCACAAAGAAAAAGAAACCGGUUAGUUUUCCCCCAUACCCUAGAUUUAUCCCAACAAACACAAUCUAUCGCAUCAAUCAUAGUUGAUUACUCUCGUGUGAGCUGUGAAGCUGAGGGUGAGUGUGUAGUUGCCUGUAUCUGUAUGAGAGACCACUGUUAGUGGGUAUCUUUCAGGCUCAACAAUGUUAGUAGGUAUCUUGCUCUAAACGGUUGUUUGGCUCCAUGUCGUCAUCCUCCCUACGAGUUUCUUUUUCUUCUAGAUAGACGGUCGGUGAAUAAUUAACAUCAAAAACCACAAAGUAGAUUUCUAAUUUUCGCUGCUCGUGUUGCAGAGUUUCGGUCCGGGUCAUAGUUUGAUCACGACUUCGGUCCAGGUCUUUUUCGCAGCUUUCGUUACCUUCAGUGUGGACCGGCUCAGCAGCGAGGGAAUCAACUUGCCGACUUAUCUAUUAAGGCAACUGUUACGACUUAUCUAUGUCUAUUAGGGUCGUGAUAUCAACAUCGAUUGGGGUUGCUUAGCGCGCGGCCAUCUGGCUAUAAUCAUACUACUGGCAACAAGGCUAUGCCUUGUCCUUAAUCAGUCAAAAACCUAGUUCCUUUGCAACUAUUAAGGCCACUGCUACGACUCCGUCUACGACCCUAAGGAAAAACUCCUUUACGCUUUCGCCUACAAGGACUGCUAGCUACAGCUAUUCCUUUGUCACAACCUUAUUUUUUUUUUCGUUUUUUGGAAUCUCCAAACGGACCACGCCCUUCGGGAACGAUGUAGCCAAUGGAGGGCUGAGCAGCUAAACCACAACUCGGCGCUCCCGUCCCAGGGAUAGCGAAGGGUGGACUCGAUAAGCGCCGCCAGAGGAGUCCCAACCCUUGGGAGGCUCCGAUCGGAGGUGCCUUGGAGGGGUGUCAAAAAGGGGGACAAAAAGGCGUCACUUGUACCCCCCAAACAAGGGGGCACAAAGGGCGACACUUUUGGGGCCAAAAGUGUCGCCUAAAGGCACCCCCUAGACCCCACUAGGCAGGACCGUUUCGGUCCUCGUAAAAAGGGUCGACGUUUUAUUUUCAAAAAUGGGGUGCAAAAUGCACCCCAUUUGUGUCGACCCUUUUUUGGCCAAAAAGUCCCCCAUUUGAAGUGCUUCAGCUGAGGGUCUCCAAAGGGCUCGGGACCCUCCAGACGUGUUCGUAGCGUGUUCGUCUCGGUGUCGCCGUUGGAAGCGUGCCGUUCCCCAGAUUGCCAAUCCAGCAGCUUGGAUGCCUAGCUGGGACAUGCGCUGGCGGGCGCAUCUUUAGGUAGCCAAAAUAAAAAAAAGAAUGACGUUGCGCAACGAGGAAAAUCCUGGUCUAAUUGUGCCUCUUGUUUUAUUUCUCUCCAUAGAUUUGCGCUCGGUUUGAUUUACUUUCCAUAGGGUCUAGUAUCAGAGACACUCUUAAAUACAAAUCUCCAUGCGCAUGCUCAUCUGAGGCAUGAGAGUUUUGUGAACAAAUCGAUUGUAUUUGAUCUUGUCAGCAAUUGUCUACCCUCCAUAGGCAUCGUGGCUAGUAGGUACUGCAGAUGCACUUAAACAACUCUCCUUGGGGAGAUCUAAUGUAAGGCAAAUUGAAGGCAGUGGUGAAGAAAUCCGUGAGGGUUAUGCACUAGCUCAUCUGCUGCUGGAGGAGAUAAGAGCAUUGGGCUAGUACGACAACCUGCUGUGCGUGUACGUCAAGAAGAAAGAUGGGACGCAGAUGCCAGUAGGCGCUGUUGUACGAGAGGAAGACAAGAGGAGACUUCUACAAAGAUGUGCAUAGUGCUAUUGUUUUGAAGAAUAAGACCACUCAACAGGACUCAGUUGUGCAAAAACUUCUUUUUGAGGUUGCCAUGUAUUCAUCAUCGUGAUUGAGUUGAGCAUCAAAAUUUGUAUCACUCGGCAAAAAAUCGCAAUCAUCACUCGCUUGUUCCUUGUAAAGUAAUAAAUUUCGCGACGGCUUCUACUAAGCUACAUGAUGAAAUGCAUAAAUGAUAGAUAACGAUCACAAAUUUUAAUACAAUGUCUAUCCUAUGUUGACGCGUAUCUUCAUCUACUUGCCGUAUAUCCACUUCAAUGGAAAAACGAAGAUAGAGACGGAUCAUCCUCGGUGUCAUUCUAGCUACUAAGCAAGAAGUUGCUGAUAAGAUGUUACUACGUCUAUAUCACCAAAGACCUGUUGUACUACUUGUAUAUUAACCUGCUUGGCAAAAGGUGUGGCUACAACUUCGCAUAUCAUAUCGCCAAAGUUGUAG